AUGGACAGAGUUAUCUAUAUUAAGCAAGUUAAAGCAGCAUGGGAUGGUUUGGUUAGCUAUUACACAGGGUCUGACAAGGUCAAGAAGGUUAGAUUGCAAACCCUAAAGAGAAAGUAUGAAUUAUUGCAGAUGGAAAGUACUGAAACAAUAUCAGAUUUUUUCUCAAAGACUUUGAAUCUUGUCAAUAAUAUGAAGGCUAAUGGUGAUACUGUAGAAGAUUCAACAGUUGUUGAGAAGAUUUUAAGAAGUUUUCUUGAGAAAUUUGAAUCAAAGGUGACUGCUAUAGAGGAAUGCAACACAGUUGCAACUAUGACUCUUAAUGAGUUAUUGGGUUCAUUACAAGCUUAUGAACAAAGAUUGUUAGAGAAAACAACAGAUGCCAAACAAGUUGAAGAAGCACUUCAUAGUCAAGUUAGUUGGAGAAACAAUCAAGGAAAAUCUAAUGCUGGAAAUUCUCAAGGAAGACACAAUAAUGGAGGAAGAUCAAAUAAUGGGAGUUAUAGGAAGCCAUUUGAUAGAUCAAAGAUACAAUGUUAUAAUUUUGGAGAUUUUGGACACAUUUCUACUGAAUGUCCAAAACCUAGAAAUACAGUUGCUAAUAACUAUAAAGCAAAUUUCAAAGCUAAUAUUGUUGAAAGUCAAAAAUAA